AUGCAUCUUGCUAUUCCUCCCGCCCCUGUUCGCAAUCCCGGAAAAGGCUUCAAAACACAGCCCAAGAAGGCACGAACUGAGAAAGUCUCGACAGAUGAUGAAUCUGUACAGACGUCUUCGGGGUACUCGUUCAAAAAGUCAUUUCGGAAAUCUAUGACCAAUACCUUUGCUUCUCGCACCAGAACGUGA